UUCAUACGGUGAAGCUCCUCCCCAAACAGCUAUGUUUUGCACCAUCUCAGACGCAUCAAGUACGACGGAAGCCACCCCUAAACAGCCACAUGACUUGACGCAGCGCCAAGCCACAAGCCUCAAGAUCCCCUGUUUCAUUCAACUUAAAACAGAGCACCUUAUCCUCUCCUCCUUCCAUGGUUUUACAUUUUGCCUAUGUCUAGAACCUUCCCCACAUCCAACCUCACGUCGGAAACCCUAGGAUCCAUGGGCCACUGCCCUUCAUCUGUAGCAUUGUUUCUGCGGUUUGGACGAAGGGAACACCAACUGAUAGACAUUGAAGUUGUUGUGCACCACAGGUGAAGACCUACGCCCCACUCAGCACCGUGAUCCUCCCGCUCAACCUCUCCGAGUGCCACCCCACUUUGUCUGCUAGAAAGUCAAACUGGGAGAAAACCACGUGCGACACCAUGCGGACAAUGCUCUUCGACAGCACAUGCGAUUUGGGAGCGCUUUGGUCGUCAGCCCCACAAGCUUCUCUGACAGGCGAAGUCAAAAUGCAAAAGCAAAUACAUGAGAUCAAGGAUUUCCUUCUCACUGCGAGAAGGAAGGAUGCUCGCUCUGUCAAAAUCAAGAGGAGCAGGGAUGUGGUGAAGUUUAAAGUUCGCUGCUCCAAGUACCUUUACUCACUGUGUGUGUUUGACUCAGAGAAGGCUGAGAAGUUGAAGCAGUCCCUUCCUCCAGGUUUGAGCGUGCAGGAUCUUUGAAGGAAUGCUAGUUCUUUUGCGAGUUCCCAUGAGAAGCUGAAACAUUUUUGUUCUUUUGC